GAGGUCUGUUCGGCGACGGCGACGAGUUCAGCAGCAUCGAGAACGCCUUCCGGUACGCGGUCUACCGGAUCAACCAUGACCGCGAACUACUGGCCAACUCCAGGCUGACCUACGACAUCCAGUCACUUCCGGUCAGUGAUGGUUUCGCUGCAUCCAGAAAAGUUUGUCACCAGGUUGAACAGGGUACGAUUGCUGUGUUCGGACCUCGGGCCCAGAAUCUGGCCGGCUAUGUCAACUCUCUGUGUGCCUCGCUGCAGAUCCCGCACCUGGAGGCAAGGAGUGACGCCACUGGACCACUCAACACUCCCGCUCACGCGCUGACCGUCAACCUGUAUCCUGGAGCCCAACAGAUGGGCAAGGCAUACACGGACCUCAUCUCCUUCUACGGUUGGAGCGAGAUGUUGGUUGUCUACGGGUCUGAGCAUGGUCUCAGUCGAGUCCAACGAGUUGUCCGUGGCGACUUCGGCUCCCUGCAGGAAAUCCUGGUCCGUCACGUGGACGCCACCAACAUGAGAGCCAUCUUGAAGGAGGCCAAGGAGAGGCGAUGGAAGAGACUUCUGGUGGAUCUGCCACUGGAGGAGACCAGUUUGCUUCUCAAGAUGGCCCUGCAGGAGGGCAUGAUUGACCCCUACCAUCAUUACAUCCUGACACAUCUGGACAUCGAGUCUAUAGACAUGGAGGACUACCGGCACAACUACGUCAACCUGACUGGGUUCCGGCUGGUGGACCCUAGCGAUCCCUACGUCAGGGCCGUCAUCCAUGACAUGGAGAUCUACGAGAUGCAGACGGACCUCAGCUUGCUCAACACCACCGGUUAUCUGUCCUUGCCGCACGAGGUGGCGCUGAUGUAUGACUCCGUCUACCUGUUGGCGCACGCGCUCCAGCGCUACGACAAGUCGGCCAUCUUGAGACCGGUCAACGUCACCUGUGACAGCCCGAGCCCGUGGACAUCAGGGCCCAGUCUGUACUCGUUCCUUCACCAGGUGCCCGUGCGAGCACUGACGGGCGACAUUGUUCUGAAAGCUGGUAGACGGUUGGACUUUAAACUGGACAUUCUUCAGCUGACCACACGUGGCCUGGUCAAGGGAGGCGAGUGGAGGGUGUCCACUGGAAUCAACGUGACCCACGGAGAGAACAUUUUCUUCGGAAACCCGUUUGGAAACAAAACGCUGGUUGUGACCACUCUCAAGGAAGCCCCGUUUGUGAUGGACAAAGAGAAGCCGACAUCUGAGGAGCAAUACGAGGGAUUCUGCAUCGACCUGGCCAAGGAGUUAGCCACGAUUGUCGGCUUUAACUACAGAUUCGAACUGGUACCGGAUGGAAACUACGGCUCUCGCAACACCGAGGGCGAGUGGGAUGGGAUGGUCAAGGAGCUCAUAGAUGGG